ACAUUUGCGCACCCAGGCACAGGCACAGGCACAGCGCAUCUCAACACACGUCUUAUUCCAAAUCGACGAGAUUUUUCUAUAUAGUGUGUUCCCUUUCACUUUCCCCUUAGGCCCUGUUCGAUUUCUGCUUCUCGUUAUUCCGUUGCAAAAUCACAUUUAUUUCUUUCCCUUUCUCUUCAUUUCUUAAUUCCCAAAUCACAGCUCAAAACGCAUCACACCCUCUCUCUCUCUCGCUGUAGAUCGAUCUCUCUCUGAGUCUCUGGAUUUGGUCGCUGCUUCAGAUCUUGCAACGAUUCGAAUCCUCUGUGAGUUUUCCAUCUCUGACUCUCAAUUGGCGAUUCAAUCGCAGCCACAGAUCUGCGGAGCCUCCUUCGAUCUCAGGCACCAUGGCGGCCGCCAACGCUCCGAUCACCAUGAAAGAGGCCCUAACUUUACCGAGCAUUGGGAUCAAUCCACAAUUCAUCACGUUCACUCAUGUUACUAUGGAAUCCGAUAAGUAUAUAUGUGUUCGGGAAACAGCGCCGCAGAAUAGCGUUGUUAUUAUUGAUAUGAGUAUGCCAAUGCAGCCUUUGAGGCGGCCUAUUACCGCAGACUCCGCACUCAUGAAUCCAAAUUCCAGAAUCCUUGCUUUGAAAGCCCAAAUACAAGGAACUAAUCAAGAUCACUUGCAAAUAUUUAACAUUGAGAUGAAAGCAAAAAUGAAAUCUUAUCAGAUGCCUGAGCAGAUUGUCUUUUGGAAGUGGAUUACGCCAAAGAUGCUGGGCCUGGUGACACAGACCUCAGUAUAUCACUGGUCAAUUGAAGGUGAUUCUGAACCUGUAAAGAUGUUUGAUAGAACAGCUAAUUUGGCAAACAAUCAGAUUAUAAACUAUCGAUGUGACCCUUCUGAAAAGUGGUUGGUUUUGAUUGGAAUUGCUCCUGGUGCACCUGAGAGGCCACAAUUGGUUAAAGGGAAUAUGCAACUUUUCUCCAUUGAUCAGCAGCGCAGUCAAGCUCUUGAAGCACAUGCUGCAUCAUUUGCCCAAUUUAAGGUUCCAGGAAAUGAUUAUCCUUCUGUUCUUAUUUCCUUUGCGACAAAGACCCUCAAUGCUGGACAGAUUACAUCAAAGUUACAUAUUAUUGAGCUUGGUGCCCAGCCAGGGAAGCCGUCUUUUACAAAGAAACAAGCAGAUCUUUUCUUCCCACCAGAUUUUGCCGAUGACUUUCCAGUUGCAAUGCAGAUAUCCCAGAAAUACAAUUUGAUCUAUGUGAUCACCAAGCUUGGACUAUUAUUUGUUUAUGACAUGGAGACCGCUACUGCAGUAUAUAGAAAUAGAAUUAGUCCAGAUCCAAUAUUUUUGACAGCGGAAGCUUCAUCGUUGGGAGGUUUUUAUGCUGUCAAUAGGCGUGGACAGGUGCUACUGGCUACUGUCAACGAACAAACGAUUGUGCCAUUUGUCAGUGGCCAGUUGAACAAUUUGGAGCUAGCUGUCAAUCUUGCCAAAAGAGGGAAUCUUCCUGGUGCUGAGCAGCUGGUUGUCCAACGUUUCCAAGAAUUGUUUGCCCAAACAAAAUACAAAGAAGCUGCGGAGCUUGCUGCUGAGUCUCCACAAGGAAUCCUCCGUACACCUGACACAGUUGCAAAAUUUCAGAGUGUUCCUGUUCAAGCUGGGCAAACGCCACCGCUGUUGCAAUAUUUUGGGACACUAUUGACGAGAGGAAAGCUUAAUGCAUUUGAGUCAUUGGAAUUAUCACGCCUAGUUGUGAACCAAAACAAAAAGAAUCUUUUGGAAAAUUGGUUGGCAGAGGAUAAGCUGGAAUGCAGCGAGGAACUAGGGGAUCUUGUGAAGACCGUGGAUAAUGAUCUAGCAUUGAAAAUAUAUAUUAAAGCCAGAGCAACUCCGAAAGUCGUUGCUGCUUUUGCUGAGCGGAGGGAGUUUGACAAAAUUCUGAUCUAUUCAAAGCAGGUUGGGUACACUCCAGACUAUCUGUUUCUUCUGCAAACCAUUCUUCGUUCAGAUCCUCAGGGAGCUGUCAAUUUUGCAUUAAUGAUGUCUCAAAUGGAGGGAGGUUGUCCAGUUGAUUACAAUACCAUAACAGAUCUCUUUCUUCAGAGGAACUUGAUUCGUGAGGCGACGGCCUUCCUAUUAGAUGUUUUGAAGCCAAAUCUUCCUGAACAUGGUUUCCUUCAAACAAAGGUCCUGGAAAUCAAUCUGGUAACUUUUCCAAAUGUAGCUGAUGCUAUAUUAGCCAAUGGAAUGUUCAGCCACUAUGACCGUCCUCGAAUUGGCCAACUUUGUGAAAAAGCUGGUCUUUAUAUUCGUGCUCUGCAACAUUACACAGAGUUGCCAGAUAUUAAACGCGUCAUUGUGAAUACACAUGCAAUUGAGCCACAGUCACUUGUAGAGUUUUUUGGGACUCUGUCACGAGAAUGGGCUUUGGAGUGUAUGAAGGACCUUUUAUUGGUCAACCUAAGAGGCAAUCUUCAGAUAAUUGUGCAGGCUGCCAAGGAAUAUUGUGAACAGUUGGGUAUUGAUUCAUGCAUAAAGCUUUUUGAGCAAUUUAAGUCAUAUGAAGGACUGUACUUUUUCCUUGGGUCAUUUUUGAGCUCCAGUGAGGACCCUGACAUUCACUUUAAGUACAUUGAGGCAGCUGCUAAAACUGGACAAAUCAAAGAGGUUGAGCGUGUGACCAGAGAGUCAAAUUUCUAUGACCCGGAGAAAACGAAGAACUUUCUAAUGGAAGCUAAGCUUCCAGAUGCACGCCCACUAAUUAAUGUUUGUGAUCGUUUUGGGUUUGUUCCAGAUCUCACACACUAUCUGUACUCAAAUAACAUGCUUCGUUACAUUGAAGGUUAUGUUCAAAAGGUGAACCCAGGGAAUGCUCCUUUAGUUGUUGGGCAGCUGCUAGAUGAUGAGUGUCCUGAAGAUUUUAUCAAAGGCUUGAUUCUUUCUGUCCGUUCUUUGCUUCCAGUGGAGCCCCUUGUGGAGGAAUGUGAGAAGAGGAAUCGACUUCGUUUACUCACUCAGUUCUUGGAGCAUCUUGUGAGUGAGGGAAGCCAAGAUGUACAUGUUCAUAAUGCUUUGGGUAAAAUCAUCAUUGAUAGCAACAACAAUCCAGAGCACUUCCUCACCACGAACCCCUAUUAUGAUUCCCGUGUUGUGGGUAAAUAUUGUGAGAAACGCGAUCCUACCCUGGCAGUUGUGGCUUACCGGCGAGGACAAUGUGACGAUGAGCUCAUCAAUGUCACAAAUAAAAAUUCUUUGUUCAAACUGCAAGCAAGAUAUGUGGUAGAAAGGAUGGAUGGCGAUCUUUGGGAGAAAGUUCUUAACCCUGAAAAUGUCUUUAGAAGACAGCUCAUUGAUCAAGUUGUGUCUACUGCUUUGCCUGAAAGCAAGAGCCCAGAACAAGUUUCUGCUGCUGUUAAGGCUUUCAUGACUGCUGAUCUACCUCACGAAUUAAUUGAGCUCCUUGAAAAGAUUGUGCUGCAGAACUCCGCAUUCAGUGGGAACUUUAAUCUGCAGAACCUGCUCAUUCUGACAGCCAUUAAAGCAGAUCCAUCUAGAGUUAUGGAUUACAUUAAUAGACUAGACAACUUUGAUGGACCUGCAGUUGGGGAAGUGGCCGUGGAAGCCCAACUUUAUGAGGAAGCAUUUGCAAUUUUCAAGAAGUUUAACUUGAAUGUUCAGGCUGUCAAUGUCUUAUUGGAUAAUAUCCGAAGCAUUGAACGGGCUGUGGAGUUUGCAUUCCGUGUUGAAGAAGAUGCAGUUUGGAGCCAAGUGGGCAAGGCUCAACUCAGGGAGGGCCUGGUGAGCGAUGCCAUUGAGUCAUUUAUUCGUGCAGAUGAUGCAACUCAAUUUUUGGAUGUUAUUCGUGCUUCUGAGGAUGCUGAUGUUUACCAUGACUUGGUGAGGUACCUUCUGAUGGUUAGGCAGAAGGUGAAAGAGCCCAAGGUUGACAGUGAGCUCAUCUAUGCAUAUGCCAAAAUAGAUAGGUUGAGUGACAUUGAAGAGUUUAUUCUCAUGCCAAAUGUGGCUAAUCUCCAAAAUGUUGGUGAUCGCUUAUAUGAUGAAGCCUUAUAUGAGGCUGCAAAGAUAAUAUUUGCCUUUAUAUCUAAUUGGGCCAAGUUGGCUAUCACACUUGUGAAACUAAGACAGUUCCAAGGUGCUGUGGAUGCAGCAAGGAAAGCUAACAGUUCAAAAACAUGGAAGGAAGUCUGCUUUGCUUGUGUUGAUGCGGAGGAGUUCCGCUUAGCUCAGAUAUGUGGGCUCAACAUUAUUAUACAGGUGGAUGACUUGGAAGAGGUCAGUGAAUAUUACCAGAAUAGAGGAUGCUUCAAUGAGCUAAUCUCUCUUAUGGAGAGCGGUUUAGGUUUGGAACGUGCACAUAUGGGCAUCUUUACUGAGUUGGGAGUUCUGUAUGCUAGAUACCGUCCUGAGAAGCUUAUGGAGCACAUCAAGCUGUUCUCAACCCGUCUCAAUAUUCCAAAGCUUAUACGAGCUUGUGAUGAACAACAGCAUUGGAAGGAACUCACCUAUCUGUAUAUCCAAUAUGAUGAAUUUGACAAUGCUGCAACUACUAUAAUGAACCAUUCCCCUGAGGCAUGGGAUCACAUGCAGUUUAAAGACGUUGCAGUUAAAGUUGCUAAUGUGGAGCUGUAUUACAAGGCUGUGCACUUCUAUUUGCAAGAACAUCCAGAUCUUAUUAAUGACCUUCUCAAUGUGCUUGCACUUCGUGUGGACCAUACACGUGUUGUUGACAUUAUGCGGAAGGCUGGUCACCUGCAUCUUGUGAAGCCAUAUAUGGUUGCAGUUCAGAGUAACAAUGUGGCUGCUGUGAAUGAGGCGUUGAAUGGAAUAUAUGUUGAGGAGGAAGACUAUGAUAGAUUGCGUGAAUCAAUUGAUCUGCAUGAUAACUUUGAUCAAAUUGGUCUUGCACAGAAGAUUGAGAAACACGAGCUUCUUGAAAUGAGACGUGUUGCUGCUUAUAUUUACAAGAAAGCUGGAAGGUGGAAGCAGUCCAUUGCAUUGUCAAAGAAAGACAACCUUUACAAAGAUGCCAUGGAGACAGCCUCACAAUCUGGUGACCGUGAACUUGCAGAGGAAUUGCUAGUUUACUUCAUUGAAAAGGGAAAGAAGGAAUGCUUCGCAUCAUGCCUCUUUGUUUGUUAUGAUUUGAUUCGGGCAGACAUUGCUCUUGAACUUGCCUGGAUGAACAAUAUGAUCGACUUUGCUUUCCCAUAUCUGUUACAGUUCAUCCGGGAAUACACAGGCAAAGUUGAUGAACUUGUGAAGGACAAAAUUGAGGCUCUGAAUGAGGUUAAGAUUAAAGAGAAGGAAGAGAAGGAUGUGAUUCAACAACAGAACAUGUAUGCGCAGUUGCUGCCUCUUGCUUUGCCUGCACCUCCAAUGCCCGGUAUGGGAGGUGCACCAGGAAUGGGAGGGUUUGUUCCACCGCCUAUGGGUGGAAUGGGGAUGCCUCCUAUGCCACCUUUUGGUAUGCCUCCAAUGGGGAGCAGCUACUGAUAUGCAGGCAGGCAAAUUGUUCAAGCUGAAGUUAAGGAUGCAAGUUGAGUGUAGGGGCAAGGACGACCUAGCAGUUAUGGCAUUUUUGUCUUGUGUUAUUGAGUGGGGUUUUGGUGCCUCAUUUUUUCCCCUUGUUCUGAUGGGGGUGAAGUUGUAGUUGAAAUAAUGUCAAAUUAUUUUGUGUCAUAAGGGUGUGGAUAUAUGUAUUGUAAUAUUCUUUUGGUAGCGAGGCAUUUUUUUGGCUGCCAGUAGAGGGCAAGCUGUGGAUUUUCUGUAUUUUACUUAUUGUGGUCUAGGAAUUGACCCCUUAUAGUACAGUACAGAACACUUGAUACUGAUCAUCAUCUACCAGUUUGAUAUGUUAUGGCCGUGCUUUGAUUGAUUCUGUUUU